GGCUGCUGCGGUGGUGCCGGCGGGAGGCGGAGCGGGCGGCGGCCGGCGCGCAGGGCUCCCCCGAGCAGGACCUGUGUUGGCUUCAUCUGUGAAAUGGGCGUCUGAAUGGGUGAGCCCUGUGCGGAGGCCCCUCCAGGAGGAAGAUCUGCGAUGAAAACCCACAGCAGUGAGAGGAAACCAGUGUUCUAGCUCAGAUCAGCAAACUCAGCAGCUCCCGGGUGGCUCACUGGACUAGCUGCUCCAAAGGAAAGAGCAGGUCGAGAUGACCACAGCUACCCCUUUGGGGAGUACCACCUUCUUCUCAUUGAACAUGACCACCAGAGGAGAAGACUUUCUGUACAAGAGUUCUGGAGCCAUCGUUGCUGCCAUUGUGGUGGUUGUCAUUAUCAUCUUCACCAUGGUUCUGAUCUUGCUGAAGAUGUACAACAGGAAAAUGAGGACAAGACGGGAGCUGGAGCCCAAGGUCCCCAAGCCAGCCUCCCCUUCUGCCCUGGGCCCAAACAACAACAGCAGCCAACACCCAGCAACUGUGACCUUCAGCCCUGUUGACGUCCAUGUGGAGACUCGGUGACCCCCCCAUCCUGGGUGCUGUCUCGGCCACUGUCCAAAGAGCCUUCAGUAAAGACCAAGAAGCACAUUUCUCCUGUGGCAGCUUCACUAUGAGUUUGUUCCGGUCAGGUCAACAGGGGCAUCUCUUAUGCAAUCCCUGAUGCUUCAGGCAACCCCCAACCCCAUCCUGCCGGGCCCCACCCCAGGUACAUCCAUAUCCCUGCUGCCACCCUUCCAAAAAGCUGUGCUAUUUUGGGAAUCCACUGCUGUGGGUUUAGCUGUCUCCCCCCAAACACAAUAGCUAGACAGACAGACAGACAGGCAGGCAGAUAGCCCAGGAGUCUUCUGGUCAGGAGUCAGGGAUCAGGGCAUGUUCCUGAGAGGGUCUGCCCUGAGGUCAUAUCAGAGGAAGGGCCAUAUCCACAGCUUUGUAGAGCAAAAUAGUCAAUCUCAUAAUCAGGCACAGGGGAACUAACUUGGACUAACUCACCAAAAAAAAACCCAGCUUGUUAAUUUAUAACUUGUUCCAGUGCUAAAUGACCGCUAGCUAGCUCAUGAUGAUGGAUCAGCACAUUUCUCCCUCUUUAAGAAAGGUUUUGGGAAAAACUGGAUUCUUCUGCAAAGGUGUCUACUUCCUUAGUAAAGAGUCAAAGUCAAAGACAUAGGAUGACCUUGAGGAAGAAUGGCAUCUAGGAUGAAAGCUUAUUGUAGUGUCCAUGGGCCUGGAAAGAGCCUGGUGUCUGGUCAGGGCCCCUCCCCCCCACCCCCCUACGGGCGCUGGAUUAACCUUGACUCAGUCUCAUUUCUUGGCUUCCCUCUAUUUGGAUUCUGAGCAGUCCUCACUCUCCAGUUACCAUCUUACCUCCAAGGUCCAGUAUUUGGAGACUGAUUAGAUUACGACUCUAUUUAUGUUAUCUCUGCUCUUCCUGGUCACUUUGCAAAGAUUCAGGAUAUAUUCAAAGUACCACAUUCACAAACCACUCCUCUGGAAAGAACUCAUCUCUUUGACACUUUAGCCUGGAGAACAAUCUACUGAAAGAGGAAAGCAUUUUGGAAUUAAGAAGACCUGCCUUCCAAGCCCUAUUUCCUGGUUUUGUGGCCUUGGGAUAGUGACUUGACCCCUCCAUAUUCUGUUUCCUAACAUGAAAUGGGAAUAACAUCUGCCUCACUGGGUGACUCUAACAAGCCAAGGACUUAGUAAAGCAGCUUAGGUGGUGCCUGGCACCCAGCAGAUGCUUUAUAAAUGGGAGCCAGCAUUAUUAUUACGAAUUUCUUCCAUUGUAAGACAUACACUUGUUCCCAUUUUAAUGAUUCUGAAAUCAGAAUAUGUCUUAAAAUUGAUGGAUCCACUAAUGAGGUUGCAUUUUUUUUCUCUCUUUCUCUCAAAAAGCUGUUUUUUAGCCAGUUGUGCAUUUUACAAUUGAAGGCAUCUUGGAAAUGAGGAAAUAAAUCUGUAUUCUGUUACAGACAGUGACACACUCUUGACAUUUAACCUUAAAUUCUAGGAGUCUCUCCUUCUGAGGGAAAACUGAGGGUCAGGAGGUAAGAAGACUGACACAGGGUCACACAGUUCAUGUCAUCCCACUAUAAAAAUGCUCACUUGGGGCUUCCCUGGUGGCGCAGUGGUUGAGAAUCUGCCUGCCAAUGCAGGGGACACGGGUUCGAGCCCUGGUCUGGGAGGAUCCCACAUGCCGCGGAGCAACUAGGCCCGUGAGCCACAACUACUGAGCCUGCGUAUCUGGAGCCUGUGCUCCGCAACAAGAGAGGCCGUGACAGUGAGAGGCCCGCGCACCGCAAUGAAGAGUGGCCCCCACUCGCUGCAACUAGAGAAAGCCCUCGCACAGAAACGAAGACCCAACACAGCCAAAAACAAAAAACAAAAAACAAACAAAAAAUGCUCACUUGACUAUAUCUGGAGAAAUACAGGCAAAUUCUUUCUCCCCAGACAUCUCUUCUCCCUCCUGUGUUUAAAUAUCCACCAAACACUUUGCAAGGUGCUUUUACAUAAGUUAUGUCAUGGGAUUUAUUUUUCCCAAUAACCCUGGGAGGUAUUAUUUUUCCCAUUUGCCAAUGAGAAUUUCAAACUCAAGAAGAAAAAAUACUUGCUCAAAGUCUCACAGCUUGUGAGACAGUAAGUUGCAAAGACAAGACUCAAACCCUGGUCUCUUCGACUCCAAAGUCCAUCUUUUUGUUGUAUCACACUCUUCUCUAACAUCCCGGCUCAAAGAACAUGGGUUCUUUUGUGAGCUGAACAAGAGGAGGACAGGCUUACCCAUGUGUCUGAGUGGAGGUUGGGGGUCAGCUUCCACACCAAAAGUGGGGCAAAGCCACUUUGGUAGCCUCCUUUGGGCUUCCAUGAUUGUAGCCAAAGGGGCCCUUUCCAAAUCCAUCGAAGCUCUAAGGAUUUCUGCUUCAUUCCCCACCACUUAGGCCCAAGGAGCAAGGCAUGAGAUGGCCUCGAACCAGGGCAAAGCCAUUUAAGGACUCAAGCCCACAUAGAUAUGU